GAUGACUGUUGGAUAAAGAUCAACAUGCCAAAGAUAAUAAUCACCCCCUGGAGGGAUGAGUCAGAAUUGGCGGACGUGAGAUCCAAGUUCUAUCCCUCAUCCUCACCAUCUGGAUUCAGUCCGACCGAUCAGCGAUCUGACGCAUGUCGAAUCGUCGAAGCAUGGAAACUCCGCGGCCAUCUCCCGCACGCCGUAGAAGCAACUGCUCUACUAACAGAUGCCAUCCUACAUGAUGACACAACCCACGCCAACAACAACAACUCCAUCUUCUCAAUCAGAGCUACCUAUGCCGCCGCCUUUUCGCGGUUUGUCACGGGGUUAGUAGAUAAUAAACUGGGUGGACAAUAUCACCGAGGCACGACGAUGUUUAAUCGUGCUUCGAUGAUUGGCUUGCCGCUAUCGUUUGUCGAGUUGAGACAUGAGGCGGCGCAUAGAGAGUUGCCGUCUUUGGUUUUGUUGAGGAGUUAUGCGAAUCGGGCUUUGGAGUGGUUGUGGGAUUAUUAUUGGGUUAGGAUUGAGCGACCUUAUCCCGUAGAUGAGAGAGAGGGGACCCGGGUUGUGUUGAAGCAUUUUGUGAAACAGGUUCAGGCCGAGGGGUCGAAGAAAAAGGUCAAGGCUUUGGUUACGUCUGUCUCUGAGGCUUUGGUCUCGAUUUGUAAGAGUGAUUCAGUCGAGGAGUCUAAAGCCAUUUGCAGGAUUCUGCUUGAGGAUGGAUUCAUUGUUCCGAAAGACAGGCAACUUGCAUCCUCUAUGGAAUCGUUGUUUACGACGUGGGGCCCUGUCCUCCAGUCAAUAACAGAUUCAGUCAAGGCAUUCUUGACCAUUCUUACCGAAGAAUUAGCCAAAGAGUUAAACAAGCCAAACACACCAGCAGAUUCUUAUCUUGAAGGUGUUUAUCUCUGGCUAGAGCAUAUCCUGACCUCGGAGACUUACAAGCAAUAUAAGUCAUUGCUAUGUUCGAUUAAUUAUAUACGAUUUGUGUGCAGUGAAUGGCCAAAUUAUUGGACCAAUCGUCUUGCAAAGAUUAUUGAACAGGAAGUUGAGACAGUCCAAGUUGACGAUUCACUACCUACUCGUUCUCUUCCUGUUGACAUGGAAGCACCAGAUCUUCAAGCUGCUGGAUGGUGGUUCUGAACUAGACCAUCACCUGGUAUGUUGAUCAAAAAUGCCCAGCAAUAGGUUUGGGAACAUACGGCUCCUCCAGAAACCUUAUCUCCUUCUCCGUCAACGAUUUUCCCCGAAUCUCAACGACAUCAUCCAACUUCUCAACCGAAGUAGCGCCCACAAUCGGUGCAGCACCUUUACUCCUCAACCAGAUCAAAGCAACAUGCACCAUUUUCCAUCCUUUCUCCUUCGCCACCUGCUCAACCCGUUUGAUAAUCGCCUCAUCUGCAGCCGUAAACGCAGAACCCAUUGGUGAUGGCGUCUGGGAACGGAUGGACUCCUUUACACCCACUGGCCGAGCCAACUGGCCCCCAAACAGCGGAGACCAGGGAAUAAUCCCGACACCAGUCUCCUUGCAAAACCGAGUCAUCUCACGCUCUUCCUCGCGAUAACAGAGGUUGUAAUAGUUUUGCAUGGAGAUGAACUUGGUCCAACCAUUCCUUUCGGCUAUAUGUUGCAGAUUCGCGAAUUGGGUAGCCCACAUGGAACUUGCGCCGAGAUAUCGCACUUUUCCUGCUUGGACGAGAUCGUGGAGAGCUUUCAUUGUUUCUUCGGGGGGAGUGGAGGGAUCAUAGCGAUGGAUUUGCAGGACGUCGAUGUAAUCGGUAUUCAAGCGAGAGAGGGAGGCUUCGACUUGGUUGAAGAUUGAUGCGCGAGAGAGACCUAUCCAUGAGUCUUUAAUCGAACAGAGACAGAAGAAGAAGAAGAAGAAGAAGAAGAAGAAGAAGAAGAAGAAGAAGAAGAAACUCACCUCCUUGGUUGACAUACUGCUUACUCUUCUUCAUAAAUUGUCCAUGCGCCGGUCCAACGACGGACACAUCCUCCCCGACGGGAAUAGCACAUUUGGUCAUAAUCACAACUUUGUGUCUUGGGAUUUCGAGGGUUUUGAUAGCCUUGCUAAUAAUCUCCUCCGAAAGACCGUUUCCGUACAUAUUCGCCGUAUCCCAGGUAUUGAUGCCGCGGUCAUAGGCAGCUGCAAGAAGUUUGAUGGCUUCUUCUUCUUCGAGGAGCCAGGGACUCCAUUCUUUGGACCCAAAGGACAUGGUGCCGAGGAUGGGAACUGAGAUUUGUAGGCCGGACGAGCCGAGGUUGGUGUACUCGACUUUGGUUUCGUCGAGGGAUUUUUGCAGAGAAGUGGGAAGGGUUGUGGAUGCCAUUUUGAUUGUCAAUGGAGCGGUUAUGGAAUGAUGUUGUGGUAAGAAUCUUUAAACAGCUCGAUGGAAUUUUGGCCGUAUUUAUAGACAGACUGGCUCUACAGAAGUUCCCUUUCGAAGAGAGUAUCAUGAUGAUUGAUUUC